AUGCUCAGCAACCUUUCACCGAGGAGUCCUUCACCACCAAGGUCUCCCUCGUACACUGGGCCUAAUAUGUCUGAUAGAAGAAGUUUUGAUAGGCGUAGAUCGCAGUCCAGGAGAGGAUCGGUGAAAAAUGAAAGUUACUUUCAAGAACCACGAUCCGCUAUGAAUUCUUGGAAUCAAAAUUCAACGACUAAUUUACACCAUCCGAAUCAUCGGGAGAACGAACGAUAUGCUCUCGAAGAAGAAUACAAUCGUACUCACAUAAGACCGGAAUCCGAAAUAGUACCUUCUCAGCCGCUACCUCAAUCUCUCGUAUAUAGAAGGUCGCUUGAAGAUAGAUGUGAUGAGCAGAUUUCCACUUCAAAGCUUGGUGAUGAAGACUACUACGAGAAACAUUCAUCUCAUCGUCGAGAAUCUCCACUAUUGCAGCGAGAGCGCCUAGUUCACAGAGAUCAUGGACGCGCGAGAUAUUGCUCUCCAUCGCCACCAAGGAGAGAGGCAUCCACUCGCCCCGUCAUCUUGAGGAGGCAAAGUAGUCUAGAUAUAUUUGAUCGUAAGCCUCAUGCCCGACAUGGGGGGAAGGCAAUUUACGAUCUACCAUCUAAAUAUUCAGACCCAAUCUCCCCAGAAUUAGCCCUCGUGCCUUUACAGGAAAUUAGACAUGCUCCAAUAUCGCAUAGGAACGAAAGAGUUUCUCCUAGCGACCGUGAAGCAACGGAAUCCCGGUAUUAUGAAGGUCGAAACUACCAUGACUAUCCUCAGAGAAUUGGUGAGGUAGAACUGUCUUCGCGUCCACGGAGAGAGAGUCGAGCACACAUGCGGAGCCAUUCUGUUAGGGGCCAUGAAAGAAGUAACAGCACAAGCUCGUAUGAGAGUAGUUUAACAGAAAGUAGCUUCCAGAGUAAAUAUCCUAAGCGAGGAAAGACGAGAAUGCCAGCAAAGCUAGUCAGCAAGAGGGCCAUCAUCGAUCUUGGUUAUCCGUUCAAAGAAGAUGGCGAAGUUAUUGUCAUAAUGAAAGCUCUUGGAAGAGAGCAUAUCGAUGAAGUGAUCCAACUUAGUGAAGAGUACAGAGCUAGUGAGAGAACCUUGAAUGAACCGCAACAAGAGUUUACUAAAAUCUAUUCUAUUGCUGCACCGUCCGCCCAGUCCAAUCUACGAGAAAAUGAUAUUUCUACAAUCCGUUCUCAACCUGUAUCUCAUACGACUGAAAAUGUUAAAUUUACAACUCAUUUGUUAUCUUCCCCUACAGCUAGUGUGGGCAGUGAAAAUACGUUAACCAUAAUGCCUUCACGCCCUAAAGAUGAACGCAGCAUAGCUGCUGAGAUCAAAGCGCUUGAAGCAGAACGAGAUGCACUUCGAUCGCUCCGCAAGGCUGAACAGUUUCGACGUGAAGGCCACGGAGAAGCCGUCUCACCCGAAGUGCGAGAGCGCGAUGAGCGUCGUCAAGAAAAAACUCGUGAAGGAAAACGCCACGAAGAAAAGCAUCGUGAAGGAAAGCACCGUGAAAGUAAAAAUCGCGACGGAAAACAUCGUGAAGAAAAACAUCGUAGCCGUAGUAAGGAGGCUUCAUCUCGGAAGGAUCGUAAAGGAAUAACACCGCUAUUGGCAAGCAUGGUUUUUAACACACAUAAUUAA